AUGAAGAAACUCUUUUUGUUGUUCGUGGCCGUUUUCUUGGCUGGCAAUUUAAACGUCAGUGCCCAGCAAAAUAUUCCUAAAUCGGAAUUGUUUCCAUUAUCAAUAGUACAUAUUAACGAUUUUCAUGCAAGAUAUGAACCUACCGAUACCUCUGGAGGUGCAUGUGAAGGCGAUACUGAAUGCGUUGGUGGCUAUGCCCGCACAGUUUAUACCGUGAGACAAUUGCUGGAACAGCAAAAGGAUAAUAACGUGGUAUACUUCAACGCCGGUGACAGUUUUCAAGGAACGCUGUGGUACAAUGUGGGCCGAUGGAAUGUGACAAGUCAAUUUUUAAAUUUACUACCAGCUGAAGCUAUGACCUUAGGCAAUCAUGAAUUCGAUCAUGGCGUUGAAGGUGUUGUACCAUUUUUGGAAGCUUUAAAUAGUCCCAUGCUGGUGGCCAAUAUCGAUGCAAGCAAUGAACCCACCAUGCAGGGUAAAUAUCAACCAUCAAUGAUUAUUGAGCGCAGUGGCCGCAAAAUUGGUGUUAUUGGAAUUAUUUUGGAGACGACAUAUGAUUUGGCUAACACCGGCAAAUUAAUAUUCCGCAACGAAAGUGAAACAAUUUUGGAAGAAGCUGAAAAAUUAAAAGCUCAAGGUGCAAAUAUUAUAAUUGUCCUGUCACACUGUGGCUACGAUGUGGAUAAAUUGAUUGCCUCAAAGACGGGCUCAGUUGUCGAUGUUAUUGUCGGAUCUCAUUCACAUACAUUUUUAUAUACGGGUGAUACACCACCGGGGCCUGAUGUACCCAAAGGUGAUUAUCCCACAGUUGUAACCCAUUCGGAAACGGGUCAUCGUGUUUUAAUUGUUCAAGCUGGAGCCUACGCCAAAUAUGUUGGAAAUCUAACGGUUUACUUUGACCAGGAGGGUAAUGUUGUGGAUUACGAGGGAGCUCCACUUUAUAUGGGUAGUGAUGUGCCGCAGGCUAAAGAUGUCAUCGAAGCCAUGAAGCCCUGGAAGUUAUUACUCGACGAACAAAUUGUACAAAUUAUAGGCGAAACAAAAGUGGAUCUUGCGAAAAGCGAUUGUGAUAGAACGGAAUGUAAUAUUGGUAAUUUUUUUGCCGAUGCCGCUGUAUACGCUUUUACCAAAUUAACACCCUACAAUGAAAUAUAUUGGUCCCAGGCAUCAAUUGCACUAAUAAAUACAGGUGCCAUAAGAGUGCCACUCUCCAAAGGAAAUCUUACCUAUGGCCAUUUAUCCACAAUGUCACCAUUUGAAAAUAAAAUGACAGCCUUCAUGCUACCAGGAGCGGAACUAUUAAAUGCCUUGGAAUUUAGUUUAAGGGAACUGAAUUUGAAUGAAGGAAAAAUAACAUCUAGUAUUUUCCUCCAAGUAUCUGGUAUGAAAAUUACCUAUAAUAUUACCAAACCCUUUGGCGAAAGAGUACAGAAAAUUAAAGUCCUUUGUCAGGAUUGUAAGGUGCCCAAAUAUGAGCCUUUAGUGGCGGAUCGAGAAUAUCGUAUUGUAACGUCAGAUUUUAUUGCCGAAGGUGGCGGAGGAUUUACAAUGUUUCGUGAUUAUGGGAAAGAUUUUCAAAAAGAGUUGACAGAUCUAGAAGCUGUCUGUGAUUAUGUCAAUGACAAUAGCCCAAUUACUACAGGUUUGGAAGGUAGAAUCAAAAUUGUUUAUUAG